CCGCUUUCCGGCAUUCAUUUAACCCGGACGUGAAGCCGCUCCAUAGAAAAAUAUCCGAUACGAUAAAACAACCUGCCUUCAAAAAAGAUCACCAUCCACAUCAGAAACAGCAAUUCACUAUAAAUCAAAUCCCUCUCAGCAUAGUGAGGCUGAUAGAGAGAGAAGCGACAGUGAUGUGAUAGUCAUCCCUUUCAAAUCACUAAUAGUUUCUGGAAGGUUCUGCCGGGCCGUGAUCUAUCCUUUCAAUCAGAUGCUAAUUAAGGGAAGGGGACGUCCCCGUCUGAGUCGUUCGCAGACGAAGGGACGUGCAGGUUGAGCGAGAAAGGAGCGUGGCGUGCCAGGAAACGGAGAGAGGAAUAAGAAACGAAAGGGUUGUUAUACUUCCCAACUGGAUGACACGCUGAGCAUCUCCUCAACGUUCUGUCAACAUCACUUACAUGUUCUCUUGGUUACGCCCAACACGAGCGUGUGCCUGGAUCCUGGCGGCGGCUGUGAAAUUCGCAUUCGUCCCCGAGUGAGUUACCUCGCUAGAGCUUUUCGUCUGGUACGACUCACGGUGGCUGGCAGAGGGUCCCUCCCCCACCCCGAUUCUCAAAACUGGCGAUGUCCAGGGUACCGAGUCCGCCCCCUCCUGCAGAAAUGACCAGCGGCCCUGUGGCCGAAAGCUGGUGUUACACACAGAUCAAAGUGGUUAAGUUCUCCUAUAUGUGGACCAUCAACAACUUCAGCUUCUGUCGGGAGGAGAUGGGCGAGGUCAUCAAAAGCUCCACCUUCUCAUCGGGGGCCAAUGACAAACUCAAGUGGUGUUUGCGAGUGAAUCCUAAAGGUCUGGAUGAGGAGAGUAAAGACUAUCUGUCACUCUAUCUGCUCCUGGUCAGCUGUCCUAAGAGUGAGGUUCGAGCCAAGUUCAAGUUCUCCAUCCUUAAUGCCAAGGGCGAGGAAACCAAAGCCAUGGAGAGCCAGCGGGCGUACCGCUUUGUACAGGGAAAGGACUGGGGUUUCAAGAAGUUCAUAAGGCGGGACUUCCUCCUAGAUGAGGCCAAUGGGCUGUUACCUGAUGAUAAAUUGACACUGUUUUGUGAGGUGAGCGUGGUGCAGGACUCUGUGAAUAUCUCGGGUCAGAACACCAUGAACAUGGUGAAGGUUCCUGACUGCCGGCUGGCAGAUGAACUGGGCGGAUUGUGGGAACAUUCCAGAUUCACCGACUGCUCACUGUGUGUUGCUGGGCAGGAGUUCCAGGCGCACAAAGCCAUACUGGCAGCACGCUCCCCUGUUUUCAGUGCUAUGUUUGAACACGAAAUGGAGGAGAGUAAAAAGAACCGAGUGGAGAUAAAUGAUGUGGAAGCUGAGGUCUUCAAAGAGAUGAUGUUCUUCAUCUACACAGGCAAAGCGCCCAACCUGGACAAGAUGGCCGACGACCUGCUCGCUGCUGCCGACAAAUAUGCUCUGGAGCGGCUGAAGGUGAUGUGUGAGGACGCUCUGUGCACCAGUUUGUCAGUGGAAAACGCAGCAGAGAUUCUAAUCUUGGCCGACCUACACAGCGCUGACCAGCUUAAGACGCAGGCCGUCGACUUUAUCAAUUACCAUGCCUCAGACGUGAUGGAGACUUCAGGAUGGAAAUCCAUGGUGGCGUCUCAUCCUCACCUGGUCGCCGAGGCAUACCGCUCGCUGGCCUCCGCCCAGUGCCCUUUCCUGGGCCCCCCUCGCAAACGUCUCAAACAGUCAUAGUGCCGCCCCCUGCCCGUACCCUACACACACACGCACUCACACAACUGUCUACAAGGGGGCGCUAUUUUAGAUUUACACCCCCCAAGCUCCAACCCUUUAGAUGCCUAAACCAGCUGUUGAUCUGCCCCUCCCUUCAUGUAAUCUAGACAGACCCCCUCUAGAGCACCAGAGACCCCCUAAUUGCCGGCCCACUGAUGGCUUGGGGAAGUGUGGAUGGUGUAGCUGGGUGAACCCUUUCCAAAACCUCGGCGCCAACCCAGCUGUCUGUUUUGUUUCUUUGGGUGUAGUAAGGACCCGAUGUCAUGAGAAUGGGUGGCCGAAUCGAGGUUGAGAAACGGGACCGAAGCCUUUGGUUUGGACAUAUGAGCUGGAUAGUGAAAAGUGAAAUUUUAAGUCCACUCACGUGUGCUGUCCUCCUUCACUGUGUGAACUGGCUCUUCAUACCUGCUUUAUCCGUUCUUCAAAGGUUAUCAGCCGAUAGACGUUCCUCUUAACAUGCACAGAAGGAGAGAUUUUUACAGACUGGUGACGGGAAUAGAGGACGAACUCCGUUACAAAUGAACUUUUUAAUGGGUAGCAUGUGUCCUCAAUGACAUCAGCAUUUAGUAGAUUCCUGUGUGACUUUACGAAUCCCGCGUGACAACAGUUUUUUCCUGAACUAUCCUCUGAAUUCUUUAGAAAACUGAAUGGUGAGCUUGCCACCAUAAUGAACUUUGACCCAUGACUCUGGAGCUAUCCUGGCUUAUGAGUGGACAUGAAGUUUAGUUGGCUUUUACAGGUCAAAAAAGUGGACACAAAUCCAGCGAGGAGUAUAAAAAUGUGGAAAUGCUCAUGGAUCUUUUUUAUUUUGAUUUUUCCUUGUGAUGUUUAUUUGAGAUUUUCUCCUCCUUGUAGCACUUGUGUAUUUGAAUCCAGGCUUUCUGUAUGAAAAAAAUGCAAAAAAAAAACUAACUUGGCUGUGUUUAUUUUUUUGUUCUUUAACAGACGCACGCAACAUAAUGUUUACUUACGGUCAUCUCUCAGUGGAUUUCCAGCUUUCUGCUGAUUCAAUUUCUUUAUAUUUGGUCUCAGUCAUGGAUUACGCAAAUCAGCAGCUCUUGCUAAAACAGAGAAUAAAGGUUUUUCUUUUUUUAAAUAAAAGCCUGUCUAUCAGAUAACAUAGAGGAGACUCU